AUGGCACAGGCUCUGCUGGUACCCCCGGGACCUGAAAGCUUCCGCCUUUUUACUAGAGAAUCUCUUGCUGCUAUUGAGAAACGUGCUACAGAAGAGAAAACCAAGAAGCCCAAAAAAGAACAAGAAAAUGAUGAUGAGAACAAACCAAAGCCAAACAGUGACUUGGAAGCUGGAAAGAACCUUCCAUUUAUAUAUGGAGACAUUCCUCCAGGGAUGGUGUCAGAGCCCUUGGAGGACCUGGACCCAUACUACAUCAGUAAGAAAACUUUUAUAGUAUUGAAUAAAGGGAAGGCAAUUUUCCGAUUCAGUGCCACCUCUGCCUUGUAUAUUUUAACUCCACUAAACCCUGUUAGGAAAAUUGCUAUUAAGAUUUUGGUACAUUCUUUAUUCAGCAUGCUUAUCAUGUGCACUAUUUUGACCAACUGUGUAUUUAUGACCUUGAGUAACCCUCCAGACUGGACAAAGAAUGUAGAGUACACGUUCACUGGAAUCUACACCUUUGAGUCACUUAUAAAAAUCUUGGCAAGAGGAUUUUGUUUAGAAAAUUUUACAUUCCUUCGAGAUCCAUGGAACUGGCUGGAUUUUAGUGUCAUUGUGAUGGCAUAUGUGACAGAGUUUGUGGACCUGGGCAAUGUCUCAGCGUUGAGAACAUUCAGAGUUCUCCGAGCAUUGAAAACAAUUUCAGUCAUUCCAGGUUUAAAGACCAUUGUGGGGGCCCUGAUCCAGUCAGUGAAGAAGCUUUCUGACGUCAUGAUCCUGACUGUGUUCUGUCUGAGUGUGUUUGCACUAAUAGGACUACAGCUGUUCAUGGGCAACCUGAGAAAUAAAUGUUUGCAGUGGCCCCCAAGUGAUUCUGCUUUUGAAACUAACAUCACUUCCUACUUUAAUGGCACAGUGGAUUCAAAUGGGACAUUUGUUAACAUAACAGUGAGAACAUUUAAUUGGAAGGAUUACAUUGAUGAUGACAGUCAUUUUUAUGUUUUGGAUGGACAAAAAGACCCAUUACUCUGUGGAAAUGGUUCAGAUGCAGGACAGUGUCCAGAAGGAUACAUCUGUGUGAAAGCUGGGCGGAACCCUAACUAUGGCUACACAAGCUUUGACACCUUUAGCUGGGCUUUUUUGUCUCUAUUUCGCCUCAUGACUCAAGACUACUGGGAAAACCUUUACCAGUUGACAUUGCGUGCUGCUGGGAAAACAUACAUGAUAUUUUUUGUCCUUGUGAUUUUCUUGGGCUCUUUUUAUUUGGUGAAUUUGAUUCUGGCUGUGGUGGCCAUGGCUUAUGAAGAACAGAAUCAAGCUACCUUGGAAGAGGCAGAGCAAAAGGAGGCAGAAUUUCAGCAGAUGCUCGAACAGCUUAAAAAGCAACAGGAAGAAGCUCAGGCAGCGGUUGCAGCAGCAUCGGCCGCUUCAAGAGAUUUCAGUGGCAUAGGUGGCUUAGGAGAGCUCUUAGAAAGUUCUUCAGAAGCAUCCAAGUUAAGCUCCAAAAGUGCUAAGGAAUGGAGAAACCGAAGAAAGAAACGAAGACAGAGAGAGCAUCUUGAAGGAAACAACAAAAGAGAGGGAGACAGGUUUCCUAAAUCUGAAUCGGAAGACAGUGGCCAAAGAAAAAGUUUCCUUUUUUCCAUGGAUGGAAACCGAUUGAGUAGUGAGAAGAAAUUCUGCUCCCCUCAUCAGUCUCUGUUAAGCAUCCGUGGCUCCCUGUUUUCACCAAGACGCAACAGCAAAACAAGCAUUUUCAGCUUCAGGGGUCGUGCAAAGGAUGUCGGUUCUGAAAAUGAUUUUGCUGAUGAUGAGCACAGCACAUUUGAAGAGAGUGAGAGCAGGAGAGAUUCCCUGUUUGUGCCGCACAGACAUGGAGAGCGACGCAACAGUAACGUUAGUCAGGCCAGUAUGUCAUCCAGGAUGGUGCCAGGGCUUCCAGCAAAUGGGAAGAUGCACAGCACUGUGGAUUGCAAUGGUGUGGUUUCCUUGGUGGGUGGACCGUCAGCCCUAACGUCACCUACUGGACAACUUCCACCAGAGGGUACCACUACUGAAACAGAAAUGAGAAAGAGAAGGCUAAGUUCUUACCAGAUUUCACUGGAGAUGCUAGAAGAUUCAUCUGGAAGGCAAAGAGCCAUGAGCAUAGCCAGCAUCCUCACUAACACAAUGGAGGAACUUGAAGAAUCUAGACAAAAAUGUCCACCAUGCUGGUACAGAUUUGCCAAUGUGUUCUUGAUCUGGGACUGCUGUGAAGCAUGGUUAAAAGUAAAGCAUCUUAUGAACUUAAUUGUUAUGGACCCAUUUGUUGAUCUUGCCAUUACUAUUUGCAUUGUUUUAAAUACCCUCUUUAUGGCCAUGGAGCACUAUCCCAUGACAGAACAAUUCAGCAGUGUGUUAACAGUAGGAAACCUGGUCUUUACGGGGAUCUUCACAGCAGAAAUGGUGCUCAAGAUCAUUGCCAUGGAUCCGUAUUAUUAUUUCCAAGAGGGCUGGAAUAUUUUUGAUGGCAUUAUUGUCAGCUUGAGUUUAAUGGAGCUGGGCCUGGCAAAUGUGGAGGGAUUAUCUGUGCUGCGAUCAUUCAGACUGCUCCGAGUUUUCAAGUUGGCAAAAUCCUGGCCCACACUGAAUAUGCUAAUUAAGAUCAUUGGCAAUUCUGUAGGGGCUCUGGGUAACCUCACCUUGGUCUUGGCCAUCAUUGUCUUCAUUUUUGCCGUGGUUGGCAUGCAGCUUUUUGGUAAGAGCUACAAAGAAUGUGUCUGCAAGAUAUCCAGCAACUGUGAACUCCCACGCUGGCACAUGAAUGACUUUUUCCACUCCUUCCUGAUUGUGUUCCGGGUGCUGUGUGGAGAGUGGAUAGAGACCAUGUGGGACUGUAUGGAGGUCGCUGGCCAGACCAUGUGCCUUAUUGUUUUCAUGUUGGUCAUGGUCAUUGGAAAUCUUGUGGUUCUGAACCUCUUUCUGGCCUUAUUGUUGAGUUCAUUUAGUUCAGACAACCUUGCUGCUACUGAUGAUGAUAAUGAAAUGAACAAUCUCCAGAUUGCCAUCGGAAGAAUGCAAAAAGGAAUUGAUUAUGUAAAAAAUAAGAUACGAGAAUGUUUCCAAAGAACAUUUUAUAGGAAACCAAAAGUUAUAGAAAUUCACGAAGGCAACAAAAUAGACAGCUGCAUGUCCAAUAAUACUGGAAUUGAAAUAAGCAAAGAGCUUAAUUAUAUUAAAGAUGGGAAUGGAACUACUAGUGGUGUAGGUACCGGAAGCAGUGUUGAAAAAUACGUAAUCGAUGAAAACGAUUAUAUGUCAUUCAUAAACAACCCCAGUCUCACUGUAACAGUGCCAAUUGCUGUUGGAGAGUCUGAUUUUGAAAAUUUAAAUACUGAAGAGUUCAGCAGUGAGUCAGAACUGGAAGAAAGUAAAGAGAAACUAAAUGCAACCAGUUCAUCUGAAGGAAGCACAGUUGAUGUUGCUCCACCCCGAGAAGGUGAACAAGCGGAAAUUGAACCGGAAGAAGAUCUUAAACCAGAAGCCUGUUUUACUGAAGGAUGUAUUAAAAAGUUUCCAUUUUGUCAAGUAAGUAUAGAAGAAGGCAAAGGAAAAAUCUGGUGGAAUCUUCGAAAAACCUGCUACAGCAUUGUGGAGCACAAUUGGUUUGAAACUUUCAUUGUCUUCAUGAUCCUUCUCAGCAGCGGUGCUUUGGCUUUUGAAGAUAUAUACAUUGAACAGCGAAAGACUAUCAAAACCAUGUUAGAAUAUGCUGACAAGGUCUUCACUUACAUAUUCAUUCUGGAAAUGCUACUCAAAUGGGUAGCUUAUGGAUUUCAAACAUAUUUUACUAAUGCCUGGUGCUGGCUGGAUUUCUUGAUCGUUGAUGUUUCUUUGGUUAGCUUAGUGGCCAAUGCUCUUGGCUACUCAGAACUCGGUGCCAUCAAAUCUCUACGGACACUACGAGCUUUAAGACCGCUAAGAGCCUUAUCCCGAUUUGAAGGCAUGAGGGUGGUUGUGAAUGCUCUUGUUGGAGCAAUUCCAUCUAUCAUGAAUGUGCUGUUGGUGUGUCUCAUCUUCUGGCUGAUCUUCAGCAUCAUGGGUGUGAAUUUGUUUGCUGGCAAGUUUUACCACUGUGUUAACAUGACAACGGGUGACAUGUUUGAAGCUAGUGAAGUCAACAAUUUGAGUGAUUGUCAGGCUCUUGGCAAGCAAGCUCGGUGGAAAAAUGUGAAAGUGAACUUUGAUAAUGUUGGCGCCGGCUAUCUUGCACUGCUUCAAGUGGCCACAUUUAAAGGCUGGAUGGAUAUAAUGUAUGCAGCUGUUGAUUCCAGAGAUGUUAAACAGCAGCCAGUAUAUGAAGAAAAUCUGUACAUGUAUUUGUACUUUGUCAUCUUUAUUAUCUUUGGGUCAUUCUUCACUCUGAAUCUAUUCAUUGGCGUCAUCAUUGAUAACUUCAACCAACAGAAAAAGAAGUUUGGAGGUCAAGACAUCUUUAUGACAGAGGAACAGAAAAAAUAUUACAAUGCAAUGAAAAAACUUGGAUCCAAGAAACCUCAGAAGCCCAUACCUCGGCCAUCAAAUAAAUUCCAAGGAAUGGUCUUUGACUUUGUCACUAGACAAGUCUUUGAUAUCAGUAUCAUGAUACUAAUCUGCCUCAACAUGGUCACAAUGAUGGUAGAAACUGAUGACCAGAGCAAAUACAUGACUCUUGUUCUGUCCCGGAUCAACCUUGUGUUCAUUGUACUCUUCACUGGAGAAUUUGUGCUGAAACUUAUCUCCCUCAGAUACUACUACUUCACCAUAGGCUGGAACAUCUUUGAUUUUGUGGUGGUGAUUCUCUCCAUUGUAGGUAAGAAUGAUUUACUUACAGAGAGGUACAAGCAUAGGAAAAUGGCUCCCAAAAAAACUUUCAACUGUGUGGCAUGGAAAUUAGGUAUGAGGAUCAUGCGUCUGAUCAAAGGGGCAAAGGGAAUCCGAACACUGCUGUUUGCUUUGAUGAUGUCCCUUCCUGCCUUGUUUAACAUCGGCCUCCUGCUCUUCCUGGUCAUGUUCAUCUACGCCAUCUUUGGAAUGUCCAACUUUGCCUAUGUUAAAAAGGAAGCUGGAAUUGAUGACAUGUUCAACUUUGAAACCUUUGGCAAUAGUAUGAUCUGCCUAUUCCAAAUUACCACCUCCGCUGGCUGGGAUGGAUUGCUGGCACCUAUUCUCAACAGUUCACCACCUGAUUGUGACCCUGACACAAUUCAUCCUGGAAGCUCAGUUAAGGGAGACUGUGGCAACCCAUCUGUUGGGAUUUUCUUCUUUGUCAGUUACAUCAUCAUCUCAUUCCUGGUUGUGGUGAACAUGUACAUCGCUGUCAUCCUGGAGAACUUCAGUGUUGCUACUGAAGAAAGUGCAGAACCCCUGAGUGAGGAUGACUUUGAGAUGUUCUAUGAGGUUUGGGAGAAGUUUGAUCCAGAUGCAACUCAGUUUAUUGAGUUCUCCAAGCUCUCUGAUUUUGCAUCUGCCCUGGAUCCUCCUCUACUUAUAGCAAAACCAAAUAAAGUCCAGCUCAUUGCCAUGGAUCUGCCCAUGGUCAGUGGUGACCGGAUCCACUGCCUCGACAUUUUAUUUGCCUUUACAAAGCGUGUUUUGGGUGAGAGUGGAGAGAUGGAUGCACUUCGAAUACAAAUGGAGGAUCGAUUCAUGGCCUCAAAUCCCUCCAAAGUCUCUUAUGAGCCCAUAACGACCACUUUGAAACGCAAACAAGAGGAAGUGUCUGCUGCUAUCAUUCAGCGUAAUUUUAGAUGUUACCUUUUAAAGCAAAGAUUAAAAAAGGUCUCAAGUAAGUAUAACAAAGAAGCUAUCAAAGGGAGGAUUGACUUACCUAUAAAAGAAGACAUGAUUAUUGACAAAUUAAAUGGGAAUUCCACCCCAGAAAAAACAGAUGGAAGUUCUUCUACCACCUCUCCUCCUUCCUAUGAUAGUGUAACAAAGCCUGACAAAGAAAAGUUUGAGAAAGACAGACCAGAAAAAGAAAACAAAGGAAAAGAGCUCAGAGAAAAUCAAAAGUAA